CUCGCCGAUUUUUUGAAUUUAUUUUGUAAUAAAAUAGUACAUUCGUUAUGUGAAAACAAUCAAAAUGUGCCAGUGAACUCUACAGAUAUAAAAUUCAAAGCUAAAAUGGCUCAAAGAAUGCAAGUGCCAGAGCUAAAAUGCAUGGAACCAGAGAACUACAAAAAAUACUUCCGUGCAUUAUGCUGGAGUGGUACAAGAAAAUCUGAAAAGAAAACACCGAAGAAAUCAGGCAAAAAAGAGAAAGUACGACGGUUAAAAGGUGCCAAUGCUUUAGCCGUUUGCUAUGCCCCAACCUUGGUGGGAAACCCUUCUCAGUUUGCGGUCUAUGCCACUGUCCGGAGAUCGAUCCUUGCCAGGUGGAGGUACCUGCAAGGAAUGGUAUCCGAACUAUCUGAUGACAGUGAUAAUGAUGAUCCAUCUACAGUACAAGGACCCAUUGCGAAACUACCAAAGAUUACCGGAAUCGGUCUACGGACCGUAUUCGCCCUUAUAUCCCAAGCCAGGUUCAUGGACGCACAACUGAGUGAACACGCACUAAAAGCUUUACUAGACAUCCUUCAAGGUCACGCGCCUGAAGAACUUUCUUUGGAGCCUGCAGAGAUAAUAUCGAAUCUGCAUGGGAUGUUGAUCGAGGUGGCUAGCGGCAAAGGCCCGGCGGGCACGGUCGAUGUUCCCACGAGCUUGACGGCGCUCAGCAGCUCGUGUCUAGUGGCCCUUUCCGUCGCGAGGGGCGAAGCGGAACUAAUACUCAAUGCCGCGGCAUCCUUGAUUAUGUCCUCGCCCUCCCUUUCUGAUCAGUACGUACAGAUACCGACAAAUCUGACAACUCUGCAGCGCAGCGUGUUGUCGGUGAUAGUAGGGCCGCCGUCGCGAAACCAGUGGUUAAACUACGGCGUGCCGCACCAGUCACUGGUGACCAGCUUCCCUGUCGACCUGCCGCAGCAGCUGACUGCGGGCGCGGAGCUGGUGGUCCGCUCGCUCGUUUCCGAUGGCUGCUUCCUCUACGUAUUCACCUCCAAAGGCCUUCUCAAAAUCGGCUCCGGCUACGGAAGCUCCAUCAGGCAACACGUAUACCUGUACAAGCCCGAUUUUUUCGCCAGUGACAGACAUGGCUGGCUAGGUUAUUGUAAAAAUAAAUUCUAUGCAAGAAUUGGAAGGAAAAAGACUGAAGUAUUUGAAGUAGAUAAAACUACUUUAGAAGUGAAGCAUGUGUUAAGACUGGAUCCUGGGCCGGUGGUGCCGGUGGAACCCAAGUCCGCCGUCUUCACGGAUGGGCACCAGUUGGGACUGAUAACGCUAACUAAUUUUGAUAGUUUGACAAUCCGGAUGUACGACGUGGAGAAUCCAGCGGAGCGCGGCGAGGGCACGACGACGCUGACGUCCCGCAAGGAGCUGAAUGUCCACUUACUGCGCCGGCGCACGUACGCGUUCGGCCGCGCCACCUUCGAAGACGGGAUGUCUCGACGCAACCUCGAGCUGGACGCCCCGGUUGCUAUGCAACUCGACGACCUUGAAGAUGACCCGCUGUUGGGCAUCACCGCCGGACAAGAUUUUGGACUUAUGUCCACGCAAUCAGGGAAGGUGUAUUAUACCGGCAAGGGUACGAGUCUCGGGUAUAAAGCCACGUCGCCUCACCCCGGCCGCUGGACUCUGAUGAAGGAAGCCAUCUUUACCAGAAACGAACUACCCAACUCAAAGAAAUGUAAAAUAAUUCAGAUUGCCGUGGGUCACGAGGGCCAACACGCAGUACUGGUGCUGGACAGCGGCUCGGCCCUCUUCACAGGCAUCGCGCGCCGCGGAGAAGAUGGCGACUCCACCAAACAUCGGCGGACGCCGAAGCCAACCAGACCAAAAAAGAUAUACAAGGCGGACGGCCACCACAUAUGCUACGCGGCGUGCAACUACGGGUCGACGGCACUGGUCACGCGCCAGGGCCUGCUCAUCAUGUACGGCAAGGACACGCAGCAUUGCGACUCUACCGGCAUCGUCACCGGCAUGCGGCACGAGAGGGCCACACAGGUCGCUUUGGGUAAAGCUCAUGCGGUGGUGCUCACAAACUACGGCCAUGUCUGGACAUUUGGCAUCAACAAUAAGGGGCAGUGCGGCCGGGAAUUCGGAUACACGAAGGAAAAAGCGUACAUGCUCCGGCGGCAGAGCAACAAGGAGGACACACGCCUGUGCCAGCUGGGCCACAUCUGGGUGACGGAGUACUGCCGCGUGUGCGUGCUGUGCCGCGAGUGCACCGGCUACGAGGCCUGCCAGUGCUCCACGCUGCCCAACAGAGUGCCCGGCGAAAAAUGCGGGUGCGGCGAAGGCGACAGCGGUUGUAGCACAUGUGGCAUGUGCCGACGUUGUGCCGACGUGCUUUCCGCGGGGCGCGCCGUGCCGAUCACAGACCUCGACGACGAUGCCGACGCCUCCACCAAAUCAGACUCCAAGAGCGAUAAAGACAAGGAAGGACAGACGGGCUCGGAGACAGAGCGCGACGCUAGCCUGAAGGUGAGCUGCCUUCCGCCGGCGCGUGUGGCGGUGCCAGGCGGCCACCGCGUGGUCACCAUCGCCUGCGGACUGCACCACACCGUCCUUUUGACUGACGGCGGCGAGGUGCUGACGUUCGGGUCAAACCUGUACGGGCAGCUGGGCGCAGGCGACAUCGCGCCGCACCACCGCAUGGUGCGUGUGCGCGUGCCCCGCGCUGGCGCCAUCGCUGCCGGCAGCAACCACACCGCCGUCAUGACGCGCGACGGCGAGGUCUACACUUUCGGCAACUAUCAGAAAGGAUCUCUGGGUCGUCCGCGGAUAGACGAGCCUGCCAACAGGACGGACCGGACGCCCGUAUGGUACGCUACCCCCGGGCGGGUCCCCCGCAUCGGCCCGCGCUACGCCUGUAAGGCCGCCUGGGUCCACGCCUCCGGAGACCAAACCUUCGUCCAGGUCUCGCAGGCCCUUAUUAAGACUGACACGCUCUUUAGCUCCACUAUUACGGCUAAUAGCAAUAGCAUAGUAAUCCUCCCCAACCGGCCGGAACACACAUUCAAAUGUAUAACGAUAAACAAAAACGACGGCGCGUGCAACGCGUGGACGGGUCCCGAGCAGGUGGACUUCGUCAACACGCUGGCGUGCCUCGACCCGCUCUACGAUGUCUUCUGGUGUUACCAGCCGCAGAUGCGCGUCAUCAAGUGCUAUAACAUCCAAGCGUUCGAUGCGCACAAGCUGCAGCGCUGCUGCACCAACGACCCAGACGCGUUCGCUGCCGACGCAGAUAUCGAGUACCCCAACUACGGCAGCAUGAAGCGACUAGAAGACUUUAAGAACCUGGAGAAUAUCGAGAUAGUCUGCAACAACGAGAAGCCGCCGGAGAACAUGGCCCUGUCGAACAUGUCGAUCCUUAACCAGGAGUUAGCCAUCCCCUCCGCUCCGGACUCCUCCGUCACCAGGAUGCACGCGGCCUUACAUCUUCUUGGCUGUCUCGAUUCCCUCACUUACGCGCACGAUACGAGGUAAACGUUUUACAUAGAGUUAAACCAGGUGGAUUGUAAGAGAGACAGCUCGAUAUCGAUGAUAGUGCCGACGAAGGAAGACUUCCUGACGGUAAACCGCUUCGAGAGCCAUGGAGGCGGAUGGGGCUAUUCCGGUCACUCCGUCGAGGCCAUACGGUUCAUGUGCGACACCGACAUCUUACUCGGUGGUUUCGGGUUGUUUGGCGGGCGAGGUGACUACACGGCUAAGAUAAAGCUCUUCGACAUCGGCCCCGACGGUGGGGACCAGGAGGGCGACGGCGAGCUCAUCGCCGAGAGUGACGAGGUGGUGUACGAAUGUGCCCCGCGGGACAAGUACCCGGUGCUGUUCGAUGCCUCCAUACCACUAACGGCCAACAAGUGGUAUGUUGCGUGGGCGUGCAUCAACGGCCCCUCGAGCGACUGCGGCUCCUCCGGCCAAGCGAUGGUCAUCAAUGACGAGAUAGGAUUCCACUUCAAAACCUCUAAGAAAUCCAACAACGGCACUGACGUGAACGCUGGACAGAUACCGUGCCUCCUCUACAACACCAUCAACCCCGACCAGGGCAUUCCCAUCCGAUGCAUCGACAUCGGCGACCCUGUCAUAGUCCUAUCGAAAAAUAUCUCCCGAAAAGUGACUGUCCCGUGCUUCAGGUCGCUAAUAACGCUACUUGAUUGGAGCUGGAACACUUUCAAAGACAUCAUAUUGGAAACCAACGGUCAGGUCCCGAUAAAUUAUCAUAAGUUGACUAUAAUGAAACAUCAGAAGAGGCUGGUGUACGUGAUAAGAGCUUGUCUGAGACUGAUCAAGUCGUAUAUCAAUGAGAUAUAUCCGCAGAACAACAAGAAGCGUAACUCAUACGAGUACAUGUCGUACUUCGAGGCUGUAGCGGAUGCGCGGAACCUCAUACAAGUGAUAAUGUCGGAUACGACGCCCACGUGCUCCAUGUUGCCACGCAAGCCGGGCAAGAAGGCGCACAGGGUCUGCUACGUGCAGUUUGCACUGGAAUUGACAAAUUCCAUACUGAAGGAGGCACACGAGACUAUAACGUCUUGCUUCCACGCCUUCUUCCCCACGCCUAUUUUGAAAUGGAGUCAUCUUUGCUCUUUACUGGUCCAUGUGAAGGAGGGCCUGGUGCCCCAGUCUCAAAUCCGCGAGCUGACGUCGACGGCGGCGGCGAUGUGCGCGUCACGCAGUCUGCGCGACGUGCUGCAGUAUGUGGUACCCGUCACGCAGGCGGCGCUCGCGCAGGCUGAUCCUCGCCGGCCCGACACCAAGGUGAUGAAAGACGUUCCGGCUAAGUCCGCGACAGUACCGCGCUCUUCGCAUCAGAAGCCUCCGCCGAUACCGCCGCGAGCCAACAACAGAGAAGUUCCGAAGCCGGCUGAGCCAUCCGGCAGCAAGACUUGCCACACAGAGUGGCAUUUGAUCGACGUGAUACCCAAGCUGUUGGACAUCGUGGUGAUACCUAUCAAGCAGCAGAUGAUGACGCGGCAGUGCGGCAAGCCGCACGAUCAUGGCGAGAUUGUACAGCACGAGAGAUUAGCUGACUUCUGCUGUAAACUGAUAGCGAGGAUCAUCGCCGAGCUAGCACACAGCGCUACUCAUAUUCGGGAGGACUCGGACACGCAUACGGUGCAGCACCUGAUAACGCCGUCGCGGUUCAUGCGCGUAAACCAGUCGCGCGCGUGGAACACUGGCAGCGGCAGCCCCGACGCCAUUUGCUUCACGGUAGACCGGUCCGGCGUCAUGCUGGUCGGCGUGUGCGUCUACGGCGGCCUCGGCAACUACGAGUACUCGCUCGAGUUGCUGCAUGACGUGCGCUUGCGUAGUGCGAACGAGGACUCGAACCCGGCGCACUGCUGGGUGAGCGUGGACAUCGCGCACGGUGUGUUCUCGGCAGCGGACUGCCAACACGACGUCGUGCAACUCAAAUUCGACAAGCCGAUACCUUUGAAGGAGGAUCUCCGAUACGCCGUGCGUCUAUGCAACCACGGCGGGCGUACUGCCAACGGCGACUGCGGGCUGCCGUCGGUGAAGGGAGCUGAUGAUACCACCUUCCGUUUCGCCUCGUGCUCGCUCAGCUUCAACGGGACCACCUUGGCCCGGGGGCAGAUACCCAGCCUCAUUUAUUAUGGGACCACCAGAGGCGCCGCGUGUGCGCCAGAGAGCUCAGACUCUCUAAUGCAAGCGCUGCGCGGCAUAACGUUGCAUGUAGCGUCGAUAGUGAUGGAGCGAGGAGCCGAACUAUUCUGCACACUGCGCAACGAGCUAACGGCCGAGGAUCUGCGCAGGAAUGCCGCCGUGCUGCAGCAGUCUCCCGCCAUCAACAUCCUGAUACCCUACACGCUAGCUAAUCUUGAAGGGCUCGACGAUUCCAAGAGCGUGAUCAAACUAUUGGAGCUGGUACACAAGUUACUGCCGCACGUGGCGGCCAUGAACCUGUUGAUCCCCAGUGCAGAGGAGCCGCUCAGCACCACCACCACAACCACACAAUACUACACCUGGCUAGAGAGCGAGCACCCCUACAAGCAGGCUACUGUUACCAACAUGAGGGUGUUGUUCCCGUCGAACGUAUCGUGGGUGGUGCUGGAGAUGGACCCGCGGAGCAUCACGGCGCAGCCAGAGGAUACUCUGACGGUGUACGCGGUCGCCGGGGCUCCUCGCCACCGCUGCCACUGCGCCGGCGACGUCCGCGUCGCUGAUCCGCCCUUCCGCAAGCGUUUGAUCCAGCUGACAUCAGAGAGUGGCGAGGCGGAGGAGUUGGGCGACGAGAGCGACUCCGACACACAGUGCAUGCACUACAACUGUACCUACGUCAGCGUCACUCCUAAACUUGCCAAUGUACCUGCCGAGUGGCCUCAAAAGGCUUUGUUGGUGCCAGGCAACGAGGUCAUAUUUGCACUGGAAACUGCCUCCGACUACUUGAAUGAAUACAACAAAACGAACAACGAAGAGAAUCGCUUCGGCUUCCGUUGCCUGUGCGUCGGCUACGAAGACGCGCCGUUCACCUCCCAGAGACAGGGGCUGGUAGCGCUGGAAAUGGAACUUGUGUACGCGGGCGCCGCCUGCGCAUCCCGCCUGCUGGCACCCGACCUCGACAUUCCACCUCUCACGUUCUCAACGCUAGUGGAGGUGCAGGUGCUGGCGAUGAUGGGCGGCUCUUCAUCGGACAUGGAAGGCGAGUCCUCGCAGUCCGGCAACGAAGCCCUACUCCUGUCCAGAGGCCUGGAGCUCUCCUCGCCGCCCACCAUACAUCACGUGCUCGACGGACAGCCGCUACUCAGGAGCGUGUCGACUGAGCGCCAGUUCCUAGCGGACUUCGUCGCGGGCGCGGAGAGCACGGCGGGCGGGCGGCUGGCGCGCUGGCUUGCGCCUGCGCCACGCGUCGAGCCGUCACGCUGCGAGCUCAAGCCGCCGGCCACGCCGGCGCGGCCCGCCGCACGCGUCACUCUGCCCGUACUCGUGCGCGACCAGUACGGGGACCUCGUUGCCGCACCCUCACUCAAAGUCGAGGUGGUGGUGCAACGGCUCGAGGAGUGCGGGCCGAGGCAGAGCCGCGCGUCGGGCGUGGAGGGACGCCGCGGCAGCAUCCCUGAAGUACCCUACCAUCCCACUGUAAGAGACACCAUGUGCUUCCAUGCUAUCACCAUGAUGAAGGCUUAUCAGUCGUACUCAUUCGAGGAGCUGCGGCUGUCGAGCGGCGCGUGGGGUGACGUGUGCGCCGGAGUGAGCAACAUGGUGGCGUGCGGGCGCGUGCCGGCGGAGCGGCUGGCCGUGCGCGCGCAGCCCGACGGCUCCUACGUGGCCACGUGGACGCCGCGCGCGCCCGGCUCCUACAUCUUCCGCUGCACGCUCGAUGACCAGCCAGCCCCGCAGGAGCUAACGAUAGAGGUGGUGGACAACCCGACGGAGCGCGCUGCCGAGUGUAGCAUCCAGGCGGAUGGCAAGUUGCCCUUGACGCCGCCGACCAAGCUACGCCGCUUCGUCGGCCGGUUCAGCGCCGGGCUGCGCGUGCGCGCCAGCCCCAGUCUGCAGGCCGAGGAGCUUGGCAGGGUGCCGCCAGGAGCCAACAUAGGAUUCAUUGAAGAGUUGUUGAACAAGGACGGCACGUGGGUGCGCCUGAGCACGGAGUCGGUGCGCACGUACACGGAGAGCGGCGUGGGAGUCGCGUGGUGUCUGCAGCACCACCGCCACCUCGACCGCGUGCUGCUCGUGCCCGUCGAGCCCACCGCACAGCUGGAUUACACGGGCGUCUGGACCGGCUACGUGGACUCCCACGGCGUAGACAUCCACUCGUGGUCCAACGACGAAGAACUUGACGAAUUUGACCCUGUAGAAGAGAAGAGAUAUCAGUUUGCUGUGCAGUGCGAUCCUAGUGAGAGCGACGGCGGUUCAAGCCCGUUUAUGUUCGGAGUGGAACCGAGCAAGCGCACUCGAAUCCUGCGCAACGAUACCUCAGCACUGCCCUCACCCAAAAGGGCGCAGCGCCGGAGCAACGGCAACAGCGACGACUGGUGGUCGCCAGUCAAACGCCGCUCCAGCGAGAACCUGCGAGACACGCACAUCAUCUUGGAGACGGACAUCGAACCUGAGCCGGAACACAAGAGCAACAGUCGGCUGGCGCAGACGGGCACUCAGACCUCGCCGGAGAGCUACGUCAACGAGAUUAUCGCCUCGGUCACACCCUUCAGGAAAAUGGAGACGGAGGGUACUCAAAGCCCGAAGACCGUGCCCCGGGAGCGAAACCUACGGGCUCGGAGUUACAAGCGCGGCACAUCGCCGCCGCCGCCGCUGCCCGCGCGGCUCGCGCCUGCUCCCCCGCCUGCGCCGCCGCCGCGCAAGCACGCGCUCAGCCCUGCGCAGGCAGAGUGCUUGCGCGCUAUAUUCGCUGCUUUACUCUGGCAUGAAGGCAUAGUGCACGACGCGAUAGCAUGCGCUGCGUUCCUGAAGUUCCACCCGCAGCUGCCGAAGCAGGGCGCGCGGGUCGUGACGCGCACGCCCCACGAGCCCGCGCCGCAGUCGCAGAGACACUCUGUAGAAGUCACCAACGCCGGGCAAUACCUGCACAUCCAUCCGUCUACACUGGAGUCUCUGCAGCGGUCGGGCGAGGAGGCGACGGCGAGUCGCAUGCGCAAGACUGACAUCGACAUGCCCAUCAAGGAGGAAGACGGACAGGGGCACGCCAGUGACACGGGUUCAUCCCCCGCGGUGGUGAACGUUCUGCCUCCAGCUCUGCGUGCCCUGGUCGCGUUGUGGGAUGCGUUGAACGAUGCCGACCAACUCACUGUCGCUACUGAUAAGUUCAAGCGUCAAAGUACAGAGAAAAAUGAAAAUGAAGAAAAGCCCCUACGAAAGAGGAGGGAUUGGAAAUCUGGCAAGAUACCCUACGCAGUACGUUGCGAGCUGUGCGGCGGGACUAACAUACCGCCCCCCCUGGCGGCGCACAUGCGGCACGCGCAUCCGGGCUGCCAUGCGCCUGCGUACAAGGGCUACGAUCGCGCCGGCCUCUACAAACGCGUCAACCAUCCGCCCACACCCGUCGAGACCACCGCACCCGCUUGCGGACAACUCGCUCAAGCAUACCAGCUGUGGUACAUGUACUGCGAGCGGUGCAGAGACAAGACUCUGAAGGCGUUGUCAGCAGUGAAGCAGCCGAAGAACAAGAGCAUUGCUGAGUUGAGCUACGAGCGCGUCGACCUGCCCGACGUCGACCAACACGUCAUCCGCGAGAACGCCGUGUUCCUACUCGACCUGGCCCCUCUCAACAACUCAGAACCGAUAAGUUCAUCACCGUGGGCGGAGUCGUCGGGGCGUAGUCCGCCGACGCCGCCGGGCAGCGUGUGGCAGCCGGCGCCGCCCUUCCAGUGCAUGUCCGCGCUGGGUGCUGCGCCCCGCGCCAUCGCCCCCGCCAUCGACACCGCCAGAUACCACUCUCUUGGGAGACCCCCACCGCCGCCCAUUGGACCACUCUCGACGCCGUACAUCACGGAGUCUCGCAUGGGGUCUCCGAUACCGCGCGUGCACCGCUCUGUGUCGAUGGGGCAGGCCGGCGGCCGUGAUCUCGCCAGCGCAGCCCGCCCUAAGCAGACUAGGAACUCGCGCGCUGACACGCAGGAUACCCUCACAGGCGCAGGCUCGUCGUUGCUCUCUCAGCCGAGCGCAACACUGCAGAGGCUGGUGGGGUGCGGGCAGUGGCAGGGUGAGCUGUGCCCCGUGUCAGCCUUCGAGCCGCCCCACGUCGACACCGAGGCUCUCCUCAAAAGCCCUGUGCUCUCCUUUGUCCUCGGACGGAGGGACCUACACUCGUACCGACAGAAGAUGGACGCCACUGUCCGGAUUAACACUGUCAGGCAGUUCGCUUUUGAGGCGAUGAACUGGCUCCUCCGGUCUACGACGCAGCCGACGAGCGUACAUGACGUCAUGUGGUGGUUCUGUAGUGCGCUCGACAAGUACGCGCGCAUAGUGCCGCCCCCGCUCGCUAUAGACGAUAACAAAGAGCUGGCGGCAGCGGAAUCACAGCGUCUGAACACGCCAACGGCGUCCGGGUCAGCUAUCUGCCCGGGCGGGCGCUCGGCGCGUGGCUCCCGGGCCGCAUUCCACGCCUUCUUGGGCUCCAUCAGCGCGCUGGCACCCUCGUUGCCACCCGCCUCAGCUGCAGGGCUGCAGGCUGUGCGUUGCUGGGCGCUGCACUACUCGCCGCAUGACCGCGCCUUCUUGCACAGAUCGCAAGUGUUCAGUGUGAUCAGUAAGAUUCUAUCGCACUCGGAGGACUCUGCUUAUGAGGAGGGCAUGCUCGGGGCUCUGCACGAGAGCUUCCACAGCUACCUCAACAAGGAAAAUUACGUGUGGUAUUGCCCUGAUGUGACGGGAUGGUGUGAUAUCAGCGUGUCCUCCCGGCAAGGCAUGGCUGGCGCGUUGACUGACGGCAGUACUGAGACUUUCUGGGAGUCUGGGGACGAGGACCGGAAUAAAGCCAAGUGGGUACAAGUGUGCUUCCCCGGAGGCACGCCCGACGACCGCCCGCACAUUGUGUGCGUGCACCUCGACAACACCAGGGAUACUGCGAAUAAGACCCUGUUGGCUUCGUUCCUGUACAGCAGUGGUUCAGGUGAAAUGUUCCACAUGCAGGACAUCGAAGUGGACCCCAAAGCCGCUGCCUGGAUCUGCUAUACCUUACCUAGAGUGACAACGCCUUCGGUGCGCGUGCGGUGCGAGCUGCGAGGGCCGGAGGCGGCGGUGCGCGUGCGCCAAGUGCGCGUACUAAGCGCGCCCACCUCCCUGCCUGGCGCCGCCGCCACGCCCGCGCAAGUGCUGCACCAGCUCUCCGAGGCUGAUACCUUGAGGGUCUUCCGGCUGCUCACGUCACAGGUCUUCGGCAAGCUGCUGGAAUGGGAGCGCAGUGGUAGCGAGUCUAACGGCGAGGCGGGGCCCGGUGGCGCAGGCGCUUCGGCUGACGACGUGGCGCCGACGGAUGACAGCGACCUGCGCGAACACGUGGUCGGGAUACUCUUCGCCGGACACAAGCUCACCUCCUUGCAGCGACAGGUGAUGUCGCACAUAGUAUCGGCAAUCGGGUGCGAGGCGGCGCGCGUGCGCGAGGACUGGGAGACGGCGCUACUAUGCGCGGAGGCGGACCGCGUUGACGACCACCCCAUGCGGCCGCCGCACACGCAAGACAACUACUGCUUCGAGAUGCUCUCGCUUCUGCUGGCUCUAAGCGGCAGUGCAGUGGGCCGCGCGCACCUCGCUCAACGCACCGAGCUGCUUCCAGAUCUUUUAGCAUUGCUUCACACUGGCAGCGAGCGAGUGCAGCGACAGGUAAUAUCGCUUCUGCGCCGCAUGAUCUUGGAGAUUCCACCUCAGAAGAUGCUAGCUAUCGUCAACUACGGAAAUGAUAUGAAUGAAAGGAUAACGUUGCUGGACCACUUGGUGUGCUACCUGGGUAAAGCUAUCACGAUGCAGGUGAAGGUAAAGGGUGCGGGGGCGCAGACUCCCAGCUCGGCGACCAUGGGGGCGAGUGUGACUCCCGCGCCGCCCGCCACCUGGUUCAUGCGCGGCGAGACUACCAAGAAGCACGCGCACCUCGUUGCCAAACUGCUAUCCGAUAUUGCUGAGGACAAAGUGACCAGCGCGUGGGGCCUGGAGACCCGCACGGCCCUAGCGACGUACGUGUCGGAGACUGCUCAGAUCCCCGAGGCGGACCGACGGCCCGCGCGCUGCGUGGCCGCGCCCACCAUCUGGAUGGCACUUGCCGCGCUCUGCGUGUGCGAGCAAGAGCAUAUGGAGCUGGUGAACACAGGCGAGGGUCGCGACAGGGGCCGUGACUCGGCGGAUUCGCGGCCGUACUGCACCAACCACGACGACGGGGCCACGAUGGCCGUCAUCGAGUGCCGCAGCUGUGGCCCGCUGUGUGCCGAGUGCGACAGGUUCCUGCAUCUCAAGCGCGCCGCCAGGACCCACCAGCGACAGAUCUGCAAAGAAGAAGAGAGCGCGAUCCGAGUAGACAUCCACGAGGGUUGCGGUCGAGCCAAGCUAUUCUGGCUGCUACUGCUGGUGGACCGUCGGACCUUGAAGGCGCUGGCUGAGUUCCGGGCGUUGGACCCGGGCAUGGCGGAGGCGGCGGCCGACGGCGGAGGCGACGGCACGGGGCAGUCCGGCAGCGCCGGCACCUGCCGCUUCUGCGGCACCCGAGGCACCGCUGGGAUACUCUCCAUUGGGAACGUCUGCUCAGACGUGCAGUGUCAGGAGCACGGCCGCGAGGCGUGCAACCGCGUGCAGUCAUGCGGGCACCUGUGCGGUGGCGUGCGCGGCGAGCGCUCGUGCCUGCCCUGCCUGUUCGGGUGCGCAGGCGACACGGCCGCGCCGCUGCGCCAGGACGCUGACGACAUGUGCAUGAUCUGCUUCACCGACCCGCUGCAGGCCGCCCCGGCUAUACAGUUGAAAUGCGGGCACGUGUUUCACCUGCACUGCUGCAAGAAGGUGCUGGCCAACAAGUGGAUCGGUCCACGCAUCACCUUCUCAUUCUCACAAUGCCCCAUUUGUAAGGAGGACAUAAACCACUGGACAUUAGAAGAGCUGUUGACUCCGAUCCGGGCGUUGCGUGAAGAGGUUCGCCGCAAGGCUCUGAUGCGCCUGGAGUACGAAGGGAAUGCCGCACCCGGGGUCGCUAGGGGGCGCAUGCUGCAUGACCCCGCCACCUACGCCAUGGAGAGAUACGCCUACUACGUAUGUCAUAAGUGCGGGAAGGCUUACUUCGGUGGCCUGGCGCGAUGCGAGGCCGAGACGAGCGGCUGGUGGGAGCCCGCCGAGCUGGUGUGCGGCGCCUGCAGCGACGUCGCCGGCGCCCGCUCCUGCCCUAAGCAUGGGGCCGACUUUCUCGAGUAUAAAUGUCGAUAUUGUUGCUCGGUCGCCGUGUUCUUCUGCUUCGGCACGUCUCACUUCUGCAACGCGUGCCACGACGACUUCCAGCGCGUCACCAACAUCCCUAAGCACGUGCUACCACAAUGCCCCGCGGGUCCCAAAGGCGAGCAGCUCCCCGGGUCGUCGGAGGAGUGCCCUCUGCACGUACAGCAUCCGCCGACGGGCGAAGAGUUCGCGCUGGGCUGCGGCGUGUGCCGGCACUCGCACGCCUUCUGAGUGAGCUGCGCGAAAUCACCGGCGCCGCGGCCGGCGGGGAAUUGCGCGUGCCCGACGACAUCGACGACAUCUGCCCCGACAUCAUAAUCCUCCAGUGCAACUACGCGGUACCACACGAAAGAGGCUACGAGAUCAGGCAAAUGACCAUAUUCAUCGUGCCAUAAACCUCACAUUAUUUAUUAAUAAUAAUAUUUUGAAUCAUCUAAAUGUCUAUAUCGGCGCUCGAUUCGCUGUCCAUAGGUAACAGGUUCAGUACUCUAUGUGUUAGUGGAUAUAAAUGUUGUGUCGAUCCCGUAGCCGAGCAGCCUUCGAGUUCUGUCCCUCACUUUCGCACGUUGGCCACGCGGGCCACGUAAGGCUACCUUGUCCAAAUUAAAAGGAAACACAAGUUUCAAGGUUUACUGAAACAGACUAUCAUGAGUCAUCUUUGCAAAGGGAUAAUUAUAUCUUGUAAACCGUUUUGGUACAACUGUCGACGCAGUGCUCAUUAUCCUGAUACGAACCUUACAGCACUAAUGCGGUCUUAAUGAUCUCGACGAAUAUAAUAUAAUACGUCUAUGGAGCCAACAAAAGGCGUUAAACCAGAAGUCGAACAACUUUAGAUAAGAAAAUUAAAUAUAAAUUAUUCUCGAUCGAAGAAAUGUUGAAAUGAUAACCAGCGAGUUAUCAGCAUGUGAUCAUAUAUAAGUCAAUUCACAUAUCCUCCUCUGUCUCUGGUACUUUCUGCCGGCGUCCCCGUAGGUUCAUAUAUGCAAUUUCAGUCCAUUUGAUGUGAUCCACUUCACAGCUCAAAAUAGGUUAAACUAAGUACAGAUAUAUCAAGCAUAAUUUGUAGCGUGUCGACUUUCCGGCUUUUAAUGAGGAUUUAAUUUGGAAUUGACAAGAGAUAUUUUUGAGCUGUGAACGUUUUAGCCGUUCCUUAGUUAUAAUAAAAAAAAACUCUCAUCAGGGAAUAGAAGUUAGAUAUACGAUAAAUGUGCAGUCUAUGCUAUUUUUCUUUCGCAACAACGCUUAUUUUAAUACUUAUGAGUCUUUAUUGGGACUAGUAGAUAGUAAAUUGGCGUCGAGUGCAGCGCCUCUUGGGUUCGCUGACUAGUGCAGGAGCCCAGCCAGCCCGACCACGCUGCCUAUGUUGUCUGACGGUUUGUGUUGCCCGCUCUCGCGCCGCUGCAUGUCAGCCCGCGACUCCCGCGCACCCACUCAACUCUGGCCCUACCUUUAUUCCAUAGAUAUAUUUUUGCACUGCUUGUUGUUACAAUCGUUGUUUUAAAAUAAUAUAAUGUUACGUGCAAUAAACUAUGUAAACACAAUAAUAUUUUCCAUAUUAAAGCUGUUUAAUAAAAUAGUAAAGAAAAAUUAUGAAUGUUGUAUAAAACCAAUUCUAGUCAAUUUAACUAGUUUUAUGUUUUAAAUAUAUGUCUUAAUGAUGCUGAUACCUGCAGAGACCUCCUAAAUUUAUUUUAAGUUAUACCUGUCAUUUUCCUUUUCCUGAUUGAAAUAGGUAUCUCGCUGGUAUGUAUCCCAUUUUGAAAUUGUUGCUUAAGAUUUCUGCCUAAAAUUUACGUGUGUUCCAUAAGUUUUAAGCCUUAAAUUAAAGAUCACCCGUCCUUUUCUUUUUCUGACAAAAUGACAGGUAAAACUUAAAAGAAAAUUAGGAGGUGUCUGCUGGAAUCGCAGCAAUGUAAAGCUUAUUUAAUUAUGUUUGUUUUGUACUUAUUUCGUAUAUAUUAAAUCUUCAGUAUUUUUAUUGAAUACUAAAAUGUUCUUGCCAGUGAGUUUAAACUUUAUGCUGACGUUUAUGAAUCGGUUUACAUUGUUGUAUUAUAUUUUUUAUUUGUGCCAUCUGAUAGUUUGUGCAGCUACGACUGCAGUUGUGUAGAGACGCGUACUUGUUUACCGUAAGUAGUUCUCAUCACCGAUACGUUAUUAUCAAGUAGCGGUUAUUAUGUAUGACUUAUUAGUUAUAAAGAAAUAUGGAAAUUGUGUCUUUUGAUAAUAUGAUUUACAAUUUAUAUGGAAUGUUGAAAAUUCGAAAUUACGUGGCGCUAAGUCAAACAGUUUUUCGAUACUGGUUUUGCAAUUUAUAGACGAGUUUCGACAAUAUCUAUACGUAAAAAAAUGCUAAGAAAUAAGUGCGGUGUCGGAAAGCUGUGAUCGUUUUGUGGAGUUACUGGCAAUUUUGCGAGGAUGGAACAUCUUACUAGUUUUAUUUUGAAUUACACGUGAAGAUAUUAUAAAGUGCACCCUAGGAAACUACUAUACUAUACCAAAUUGUAGAUCCUACAUAGGCGUUAAGAAAUUUUACAAUAAAGCUCAUGAAAGCUGUAA